CCCCAGCCCCCAGCCCCCAGCCCCCAGCCCAGGUCGCCGUUUGUUUGCCGUUUGUUUGCCGUUCACGUUCGCGUUCUUCGCCGUUCACCGUUCGAGUUCGCAUUCUUGUUCGUCUGGAAGCCACGUUGCUCUGCUUCAAACACUGCGACCAACCCGCGUGCUCCACCUAGCCGUCGAACUCCUCUCUUUUGUCGCCGCCGUGAGUUCCCUAAACCCGCCACCAGACAAUACACUCACACAACACCAAUACUCUGCCUCAAACUCUGCAACUUCUGAUUUCUAUUACAAUAACUUUGUGCCUUCCAUAAUUUUCAUCGCUGCACAUGCAACAAUGUCGAAGUCCAAUUCCAAGAACAAGAAGCUCUCCAAGGAGCCACAGGACUUAGAACUCAUCAAAUCCGACGUAGCCUCAUUCGCCUCUUCCCUUGGCUUGUCCACUUCCCAAUCCUAUUCCGGUUUCAACGACGUUGAUUUCCGCAAGCCAAACAAGGCCCCAAAGAAGGAUAAGAAGCAACGCGAAACCGCCACCAAACCACUGCAGCAGAACAACCAAGUACCGAGCACCAAGGAAACAAGUAGAAGCAAUGGCCACCAUGACAAGGCAAACCCGAAACCCAAACCCCCGGUUUUGUCACUGGAAGACGGGAACAAGGAGAGAGGGUUCAACAGGUUCAAGAACCUUCCGAAGCUUCCUCUGGUGAAGGCGAGUGCGUUGGGAGUGUGGUUCGAGGACGCUGCUGAGCUGGAAGCGAAGGUGGUUGGGGAAGGGAAGAAGGUGGAGGUGAAGGAUUUGGAAGAGUGGCGGGGGUUUGUGGAGAAGAAGAGAGAAUUGGGUGAGAGGUUGAUGGUGCAGUACGCGCAGGACUAUGAGUUGACGAGAGGGCAGAGCAGUGAUAUCAAGAUGCUGGUGUCUACACAGAGGUCUGGAACUGCUGCGGACAAGGUCUCUGCUUUCUCUGUGUUAGUUGGAGACAACCCUGUUGCAAACCUCCGCUCAAUUGAUGCACUUUUAGGAAUGGUGACAUCCAAGGUUGGGAAGCGCCAUGCUUUGACAGGGUUUGAAGCACUUCAAGAAUUAUUCAUUGCGAGCUUAUUACCGGAUCGAAAAUUGAAGACCUUGAUACAGCGGCCAUUAAAUCAUGUUCCUGAAACCAAAGAUGGAUAUUCCCUUCUACUGUUCUGGUAUUGGGAGGAAUGUUUGAAGCAGAGAUAUGAAAGAUUUGUUGUUGCACUUGAAGAAGCAUCACGAGACAUGCUACCGGCUCUUAAAAACAAGGCACUAAAGAGCAUAUAUAUGCUGUUGAGUAGGAAGUCAGAGCAAGAGUGCAAACUACUUUCUGCUCUUGUUAAUAAACUUGGGGAUCCGGAUAAUAGGGCCGCAUCCAAUGCUGACUAUCACUUGUCAAACCUGUUGUCUGACCACCCAAAUAUGAAGGCCGUGGUUAUUGACGAGGUGGAUACUUUUCUCUUUCGGCCCCAUUUAGGACCACGUUCACAGUACCAUGCUGUUAACUUCUUAAGCCAAAUCCGUCUAACAAAUAGAGGAGAUGGACCAAAAGUGGCAAAACGUCUAAUAGAUGUUUAUUUUGCGCUGUUUAAGGUAUUAAUCUCAAGUGCAAGCAGCAAUCAAAAGCUUGAUAAAAGCAGCAAGGCAAAUCCAAAAGAGCAAAAAUCAAAAAGUACACCUGAAUCACAUGCUGAGUUGGACUCCCGGCUUCUUUCAGCACUCCUAACUGGAGUGAAUAGGGCAUUUCCUUAUGUAUCAAGCACUGAAGUUGAUGACAUUGUUGAUGUUCAAACCCCAAUUCUUUUCCGGUUGGUUCAUUCAAAAAAUUUUAACGUAGGAGUUCAAGCACUGAUGCUUCUCGAUAAAAUCACAUCCAAGAAUCAGAUAGCCAGUGAUCGAUUUUACCGUGCAUUGUACUCUAAACUUCUGCUUCCAGCUGCCAUGAAUACAUCCAAGGCAGAAAUGUUUGUUGGACUUCUUCUAAGAGCAAUGAAAAGAGAUGUAAAUUUAAAGCGUGUGGCUGCCUUUUCUAAACGUCUAUUGCAGGUUGCACUUCAGAUGCCACCGCAAUAUGCCUGUGCAUGCCUUUUUCUUCUGUCCGAACUCCUUAAAGCCAGACCACCUCUAUGGAACAUGGUGUUGCAGAAUGAAUCUAUUGAUGACGAACUUGAACACUUUGAAGAUGUUAUAGAAGAAAUUGAUAAUGAACCUAGCACCGUAUCAAAAAAACAAGCUGAUAAUAUUACCCUUGUUCAGAAUGGAGAUGAUGAAAAUAAUGAUAGUGAUUCUUCAGAAGGCAAAGACGAUCUUCCAGCAUCUUCUGAGGACGACGAUGAUUCAGAUGGUGCUUCAGAGGAGGAUGCAGAUUUUUUUCUUGCGAAGGAUGAACCGAGUAUCAAAAAACCGAAGUCUGCAUCCAAAAAUAAAUCAAAAUCUGCAUCUGAUGAUGAAGGACAGCAAUCUAAGGUAUCUGCCAAGAAGUCUUUACUGCCUGGAGGCUAUGACCCACGACACCGAGAACCUUCUUAUUGCAAUGCAGACCGGGUAAGUUGGUGGGAGUUAAUGGUACUUGCUUCGCACGCACACCCUUCAGUUUCCACCAUGGCCAGAACUCUUCUUUCCGGGGCAAACGUUGUCUACAAUGGAAACCCAUUAAGUGACCUAAAUCUCUCAGCUUUCCUUGACAAAUUCAUGGAGAAGAAACCGAAACAGAGCUCAUGGCAUGGUGGUUCCCAGAUUGAACCUACUAAACAGAUGGACAUUAACAACCACUUGAUUGGCAAAGAAAUUCUUUCACUCGCCGAAGAAGAUGUGCCCCCAGAAGAUCUCGUCUUCCACAAAUUCUAUACAAACAAAAUGAGCUCUAAACCGAAGAAGAAGAAAAAGAAGUCAGCUGAUGAUGAGGAUGCUGACUUCUUUGACGAUGACGAGGAGGUUGAAGGUGGGGAUGAGAGCGAUAAUGAAGAGAUCGAGAAUCUCUUGGAUACUGCUGAACCGGACAGUUAUGAUUAUGAUGAUUUAGACAAUGUCGCUAAAGAGGAAGACGAUGACUUGAUUGGUGAUGCCGAUAUAGCGUCGGAUAUGUCAGGAGGAGAGGACGACGUCAUUGAUGAUGAUGUCGGAGAGGCUGAUUAUGCCAUUGAUGACGACGACGACGACAUUAAGAUUGGAGAUAUUGACGAUGGCUCGGAUAUUGAUUUUGAUGAGGAUGAAGAUGAAGUCGACAAAAGAAAACAAAAACGAAAACGCAAGAGUGAAAAGGCAUCUCCAUUUGCAAGUUACGAAGAGUAUGAGCAUCUAAUGGAAGAGGAUGGUGACGAGAGUCAUAGGACACGGGAAAAACCCGCCGGAAAAAAACACAAGUCCAAAAAGAGUAAAAAAUAGACUCAUUGCAUUGUUCUGAUUUUACAUUGAUGCUUGGUAGCGUCGUUAGCACACAUGAACCACAAUACCAGUUUUGCAUGCUAUGCUUUUGUAACGUCAUAUCAAAAUUGUGUGUAUCGUUAACUAUAAAAUGAAUUGAUUUUAGAUUUAGUUUUA